GCGUAGUUCAGAUGUGGGUUCUGCAGUGACGCGCGACAACAGGAGUGUGCUACUGCUGCCGAGGAAUUAGGUGGGGAGAAAGAAGAGAGGGAGUUCCUGGAGAAGUUGUGCAUUAAAAAAAAAAAAAAAAAAAAAAAAAACCAUAUUUUUUGGAGCAGCCUUCCUCUUCAAGCCGUACUGAGAUGAAGGUCUACUCGACCUGGAUUUCGCCGAAAAAAGACUCCGAUAUAUUCCGGAAAGUCCCAUUGUGAAGAAUCGGCGACACGUGUUGCGAGGAAGCAGAAAACAACAAAAAGUGAGGAAGUCAGAAAACGACAAAAAAGAGAGAUUUAGGCCAUGUGCGAGGGAUUACCCAUGUCAGCAGGGGAAAUCGAGGAGGAUGGGAGGAAGCAGAUAACGACAAAAAGUGAGGGCGGCGAAGAAGGACGAGGAGCAGAGGAGACCAACGGGGAGAAUGAUGGUGGUACGAGCAGUAAUGGGAGUAGCCAAGUCGAGACCGGAAGCUCGUCGGGAUCGCGAGCCACAGGUGUACGUGAAGAUGUGGCCUCUAGGGAAAAAAACACAAGCCGUCAAGCUGAGAUGCCGCAAGCUCAAGGCUCUCCACAGCAGACAGCAAACAUCAUACGGCUAACGUUUUUCUGGUGGUUGAACGGGUUGUUGUGGCAAGGGUAUAAACAGCCCCUCGAGGAAGAAGAUUUAUGGCCGUUGAUGCCCAGAGAUUCAUCAUCUUUUAUUCGGGACAGAUUCGAAACGACUGUGUGUAAGGAAAACGCCAACGGUAUUCCCAAUGGCAGAAGGCUUUCUCUAGCCAGCCAAUUGUUUUUGACUUUCAAACUGGAGAUCGUUGUUAUGGCCAUCCUGCGACUAGCAAGCGACGCACUCUUACUGUUUCCGUCAUUGUUAUUAAAUGCCGUCCUCCUGUACAUGGACUACGAUGUUCAUCGGGACAAAGCGCGGAAGAACUUUAUGUUCAAAAUCUUUGGUAGAAAAUUUGGGUUGUACGCUGCAGCUGGACUUUUCAUUAUUCCCUUUUUGAGGACUCUGGCGGAAAACCACUACUAUGUCCGGGCAUUCAUUCUCGGGAACAGGGUGUGUAGUACUCAAACUUUAUUCUCCAAUAAUUGAGCAACCUUUCUUUUCUUUUCCCUUGAAACACUAAUUCAUGUGAGCCUCUUUGUAC